AUGGAAUGCCCCCAUGCGCCAUGCCUAAACUGGCUCUGGCAGGAGGGAGAUGGUGAAGGAGGGCGGCAUUUUCUAAAAGUCUUCAAUGCCUGCUACGGUUUUGCAUAUUUGGACUGUGCAGGCGAACUUGUUGUGGAUGUAAAGUGGGGCUGUAUCUGCGGUGGUGUGGGUUGCCGGCCGCUGUUCAUUUGCCCUCCCAGGCCUUCCAAAGGCGGCCUAGUGGGCCCCAUUUGA